CACCUACAUCCCCAUGUACUGGUCCAUCCCCUUCAUGGACAUCAUGUGGGGGGCUGUUUACCCUAUUACAGUACCGCGCCUACAGCUUUGGCGAGAUGGCCACCCACAGCUUGCUCGUCGGCUUCUUCGAGGUCGUCCUCUUUCCGGCCAUACAUUACGUCCUUGGCUCGUGGUACUGCGGCCACGAGAUGGCCCCCCGCGACGGCCUCUUCUACACCGACCUGAACCUCGGCACCCUCACGGCCAGACUGGUCGCCGCUGGGUACUAG